GCGCGUCGCUUAGCAACGGGCGGCUGUUGGUAAAGAUGCCGCUGCAGGUUAGGGAUUAUACUUGGGACCAGGUGGAGAGCCAGGUUUUUAUCACGGUGCCGCUGAAGGGAGUGAGGGCUGGGAAAGCGGACAUUUUCUGUAUCGAGGAUUAUUUAAAGGUGAACUUUCCUCCAUUUCUGUUUGAGGUAAUGUUAUUUGCUUCCAUUGAUGAAUCAAAAAGCUCUGUUAAAGUUGGCAAUGAUGUUGUUAUCUUUACCUUGUGCAAGAAAGAAUUGGGAAUAUGGGAGCAACUUGCAACGACCGAAGUUAGUAAGGAAAAGUUGCAGAAAAGGAGGGAGAAAGCAAUACUUGCUGCUCAGGAAAAGGCGCAAGAAGCAGCAAAAGAAAAGGCAGUUAAAAAGCGAGAAAAUGAAAAGUACUCAUUGGAAAAGAUGAUGAAGAUAGAGGAAUGUAACAGAAAACAGAUUGAAGAGCUGAAAGAACAAGAGCGAAGUAAAGCCACUGAAGAGUUGGAACAAUGGAAGCAACAGAAGCAUGAAGAAGAGAAAUUAAAGAGAAAGGAGGAACUAAAGCGUGCAAAACAAAAAAUUGAGACAGAAAAAAGGAGGAUGAAGAAGGAAGAAACCAAACUACAGAAUUCUGACUCACAAACUUCAAACAAACAUUCUCUUAAACAAGGUAUAACUGCCAACAUGUUUCCUGAAAACUACAGUGACAAAAUCAUCCCAGCUCCCCGUUCAGCUGGCAAUAUUCAAAUACAAUUCACGCCGCGAGUUUUUCCUACAGCGCUUAGAGAGUCUCUUGUUCCUGAGGAAGAGGAGUGGCUAAGGAAACAGGCAGAAGCUAGACAAGCUAAAAAUGCAAAUAUCCCUGAUCUUAAAGACCUGAAAGAAGAGGAAAAAAAUCCAGACUGGCUGAAGGAUAAAGGGAACAAACUAUUUGCAUCGGGAGAUUAUCUUGCAGCAAUUAAUGCUUAUAACUUGGGAAUACAAUUGAAUAAUAAACUUCCAGCCCUAUACCUGAACAGGGCUGCAAGCCACCUUAAACUAAGAAAUUUACACAAAGCCAUUGAAGACUCCUCCAAGGCACUUGAUUUGUUAACUCCUGCAGUUCCAGACAAUGCAAGUAGCAGACUAAAAGCCCAUGUUAGAAGAGGGGCGGCAUUUUGUGAGCUGGAACUCUAUGUGGAAGGCCUUCAAGAUUAUGAAGCUGCUCUCAAAAUUGACCCAAGCAACAAAACAGUACAAGAUGAUGCAGAAAAGAUACGUCAAGUGAUUCAAGGAACACCACCAGAUCCCUAAAAGCAAGAACUUUGUGACUGAAUAGGCUGACUCUUAACCUGCAGGUGUCUGGGCCCAUGGAACAGGGUCUCCCAUGAGGUGGUGGGAUCUGGAAUGUAAAAAUUUCUUCCAUUUUUUUCUUUAAAUUCUGCUGCUCUGUCUCAUUGUUGAAAAAUUUAAGCAUGAAUCAUGAUUCUGCUUGAUGAUUGAGUGGUCUCCAUUUUGAACAAUUAAUAGCAAACUCCUGCAAAUCAUUGAUAACGAGGUGUAGAGCUGGAUGAACACAGCGGACCAAGCAGCAUCAGAAGAGCAGGAAAGUUGAUGUUUCAGGUCUGGACUCUGCAAAUCAUUAAUGUUAUUGCGGCCAGUCUUCAGGGAGCGCUUUAGGCUGUUAUUGUAGCAUUUUCUUAGUCUUCCUCUGUAAUAGUGGCAUCUGAAAUUUGUGAAAACAGGACUUGGGGUAGAUGCUUUUCAGCAAUCCAGUCUAUUGUUGUUGAUUUUGCAGAUGUUUUCCAUGAGUAAUUGGAGAACUGGCUUCAAGCACUAUCAUACACUAGCACUUAUUCAAUGGUCCGCCCAUAGAUACCAGGUGACUUGGGAGGACACAUUGCUGGUGGUAUUUCUCUAGUGCUGUUAUGUGUCACAAAUUAAUAUACAGUCCCAACCUCAUUACAGUACAGGAGUUCCACAAACUACAGCAUUGAGUGUUUGAUAACAAAAUGCUCCACUAGUCAAUAGAAUGCCUGGUGUAGAGAGCUGGCUGUUAUCACCACAUUUGCUGUACUGCAAUGAGAACUAGUCUGAGUAAUGUCAUUUUGGCUGCUCAGAUGCAUAGUACCACAUAUGCAAUUUCAAACAAACAGUAUUGCCUUUACCAUUUGUAACUUAACAACAAAAAUUACUCAUGUUUUAGGAAUAACUACUUGAGUAAUGCAGUGGGGGUUUUUAAGUCAAAUUAAACAAUUCUAUAGUCCCAACAGCCUAUUGGUUCAUUUGAAUAUAAUCUAUCUCUAGUGUUAAUGAUUUUAUGCGCAUUUUAUGAUAAAACUAUAAUGAUAAAUUGGAACAGCAUAUUAUUAUACUGCCAAAAUUGAAUUUUCAAAGACAUUUUUAAACCUGAAGUUUUAAUUUAAUAGUGCAUUUAGGUAAUUCUUCUGGAACAGAAGACAGGUGCAAAAGAGAAUGUGAGAAUAUAGAAAGGAAAAAAUUAAAAUGAUUAUUUAAAGAGGAAAGGGGAAUGGCUCCAACUGUAGCUCGAUGCUUCCAGCAUCACUACUAAAAGACAAAAUUGAUGAACAAGUGAGGAGGAGAGAAGGAGAUUCAAGACAAUUUGCUGAAGAACUAUAUCUUAAAAGAAGACAUGAUAUUGACAUUAAAGAGUUCCUGGACUGUGGUUAUCCGUUCUUGUUGUAAAUAACUGAACAAACUUUCACAGGAAUUGUUUUAUUGGUGGUGAUUGCCAUCUUAUUUGCUUUUUUCAAAAAACAUUCCGUGAUAUUUCAUGAUAAUUUAAUGAUAAAUGUAGCAUGCUAAGGUGAA